AUGGAGGGCUUCGAUACCAUGACCAUGCCGCCCUUUCUGGCCAGUCCCCUCUCCCUCGGUAAUCUGCAGGCCACCGAUUAUCUCAAUGCCAUGCCUGGUCUAGAUCUUCCCGAUCACCGGUCAAAUUUCGACACCGAAACGUUCGUGAGCGAGGACCUAGCUUUCAAUCAGAAUAGUCUGUCGCAUUCAAUAAAGCGCUUCUCUACCGGUUACGAUGACCCGUUUAACGAGAUGGUCACACCCUUCGAUCCUGUACCCCAGGAACAGCAACAGGAUUCAUCCAUCGACCACAAUAAUAAGUUGCUGAGCUUUUCGAUCCCCGUCUACCAUUUCACGCUGCUUGACUAUUCCAUGCGCCGCACCUCACUCUCGGUUUCGGCCCAAUUACAUGGCAUGUUCUUCUUAGCCGAGUCGCCCUUCACAACCUCCCCAUCUGAGAACCCUCCGCCUCAACUCGGUGCCGAAUUGACUUGUUAUCGCCGGAAUCUCUUUCAGAUCACCGGAUCCGUCACUCUGCCCCGGGGAAUGCGUUAUAUCAUGACCGACCAGGGUGAUCGUAUCCCCAUUCUUGCCCAAGAAUUGACCGUGUCGGCGACGGAAUCGGUGGAAGGAAAUCCGGUGAAGAUCAUCUCUGUUCCGUGGAAGACCCCCGCUGCUGCUGCAGCGGCCGCCAACCCGGGGACCACGCUCGAGGACUCCAUACCCAGUGGUGCGGCCAAAGUUGAGAAAGAGCCACCACCAAUUCCGUUGGAUAUCAUGGCUGGUCAGGAUCUGGACACGGAUUAUGCGACCUUUCCUAUCGCCUGGAAGCGGUUACAGUUCCGGGUCGCAACCGCGAACAACGGUCGACGAAAGGAAUUGCAGCAGCAUUUUGUUGUGCGGCUCAAGGUCGUCGCAACGUUAUCCACAGGAGCAAAGAUUGCCAUCUCUGAGGUCCAGUCGGGACCCGUCAUUGUUCGUGGCCGCAGUCCUCGCAACUUUCAGUCUCGAAAAGACCUCCCUCUCAGUGGCAGUGCCGCUGCUUCCCGUAAGAAUCAAGCCAAUGCUGCCGCUGCUGCUGCCGCUGCUCUCAACCGCACACCAACCAGUGAAUCACUACCACGCCGAGCGAGUGUCACUCCAGCCAAGAACAAGGCGGGCUCGGCAACUGCUCACAGCAGUUCGCCCGAGACUUCCUCGGUGCCCCCUCCGUCCAUGAUACAACCACCCCCCACGCAACCGGCGGGUGAUUGGACCCCGAUCCCCCCUUCCAGCUCCAGCGCCGUCUUGCCUCGCCAGUCUCUGUACCCUCAUUCCAGUCCAGAACAAAUAACUCAGGUUGCCGACGCGCAGCGCCGCGUGAGCAUGGCGACGACGGCAGCAGCAUCUUCGGCGCCGAUCAACUUGUCUCUCAUGGAUGACGACGCUGCAGGCAGCAGUCACGAUACGGGGCUGCAUCUCGGCCAAAAGAUCUUGCCUCCCUACAAUCCCAAUGACAUGUCUCGGCAAAGGUCCAUCAGUAUUGAUCAAUCUGCUGCCGCCCAACCUCCAGCAAAGAUGCGCAAAACGUCCCAUCCGAUGUCACACCAUUCCGCCCGCAGUGCCACGACGACAUCCUCUGCUUCACUACCGCUGCUGGAAACCGCAAAUCUUCCCCAUCAAUUUGUCUCCUCGUUACCUUUCCCCAACGAAGGCACAGAUUUCCUGUAUGAAUACUUCCCGCUCGGACUGGAUGAUUGGCAAGCUCCCGUGGACGCUGUAUAUCGGCCUCAUGUGGUUCACCACACGACUAUGCCUGAGAUGAAGCUUGUUGCAGGUGCUCGAGGCCGAAGUAAACGCUACUUUGCUGCCGAAGAUGUUUUCUGA